AUGUCUGUUGUGCAGAAAGGAUACACUCUCCGGGUGGACCUGGCCGACUGGGACGGGUCCACAGCCUAUGCGGAGUACAGCAGCUUUAGCGUGGCGAGCGCCGCGGACAAGUACAGACUAUCGGUCUCCGGUUACUCCGGUACCGCCGGUGACGGCAUCACGAGGCCAGACAACGACGGGCGGUACAGCUCAGACGGCGCCAUGUUCACCACCCAGGACCAGGACAACGACGGGAACGGCAACAUCUGCGCCACAUUACUGUCGGUCUCUGGUUACUCUGGUACCGCCGGUGACGGCAUCACGAGUCCGGACAACAACGGGCGGUACAACGCAAACGGCGCCAUGUUCACCACUCAGGACCAGGACAACGACGGGAAUGGCAACAACUGCGCCACAUAG